AUGUUGAUGGACCAGAAGGCUUUCCUCCUGGGGCAGAUCUGGUUGAGAGAUGAAGAAGAAAAGAGUCUGCUGGGAACAGAGGAGGAUGCUCCAUCCAUUUCAAAGCUGCAGCUUUCCCAAGCCCCUUUCCGUCGCCCAUCGUCACCUUCAGGCCGGUCAGAGGAGGGGGAGGACAAGAGCAUGAAGGCGGCCCGGCAGCAGGUGAACCCCUCUGGGGAGAGCCAGCGUCCCUCCAGCCCGCUGCAGUCUGCCCUCAACUCGGCGGCCUCUCCUUCCCAGGCGUACGAGACUUACAUCGACAAUGGGCUCAUCUGCCUCAAACAUAAGAUCAGGAACAUUGAGAAAAAGAAGCUCAAACUAGAAGACUACAAAGAUCGCCUGAAGAAGGGAGAAGCCCUCAAUCAAGACCAGUUGGAGGCAGUAGAGAAAUAUGAUGAAGUAGUACAUAACUUGGAAUUUGCCAAGGAGCUUCAGAAGACUUUUUCAGGACUUAGCCAAGAUCUGCUGAAAGCCCAGAGGAAGGCUCAGCGAAGAGAGAGUCUGUUGAAGCUUGAAGCAGAGAAGAAAAAACUGCGUACAAUACUUCAAGUCCAGUAUGUGCUGCAGAACUUCACUCAAGAGCAUGUUCAGAAAGAUUUCAAAGGUGGUGUGAAUGGUGCAAUAUACUUGCCUUCUAAAGAACUAGACUACCUCAUAAGAUUUGCAAAACUGACAUGUCCAGAAAGAAAUGAGAACUUGAGUGUGGAAGACCAGAUGGAACAAUCAUCUCUUUACUUCUGGGACCUUCUAGAAGGAAGUGAGAAACCUGUAGUUGGAACAACAUAUAAACACAUGAAGGACCUGUUAUCCAAACUUCUAGACUCUGGCUACUUUGAAAGUAUUCCGACUCCUCGCACCACUGUGCCAGUGAAAGAACUGGAAGAAGAAGUAAAUAGAAAAUCUGAGAGAACAAGGCAGAUGUCAAAAGGAGAGUCUGUCAAAGAACCAGAAUCCAUCAUGGAGCUUAUGAAGUCUGAAAUACAGCCACAGGAGUUUCUCAACAGGCGUUAUUUGCCUGAAGCAGAAUACUCUGUCAAGAAGAAGCCAGAAGAGCCCAAAUCUUGGGAAGCUGAGUGUGCUAGAAAGCAAGAACCUCCAAAGUCCUGGGAAAUGCUCGUUGAUGUUGAAGAGCAGGAACAGAAGCAGAAGCAAGAGACCGUAAAGCCUUGGGAAGCUCGUGUUAGGCAGCAAGAACCAAAAAGACCAGAUUCUCCAAAGCCAUGGGAAGCUCGUGUUAAAGAGGAGGAACAGAAGCGUGAGUCUACAAAGCCCUGGGAGACCCGUGUUGAGGAGGAAGAACAGAAGAAGCAAGAAGCCCCAAAGGCCUGGGUAGCACGUGUCCGAGAGGAGCAGGAGUCCGCCAAACCUUGGGUAGCAAAGGUUAGGGAAGAACAGGACCAGAAGAAACAGGAAUUGCCGAAGCCAUGGGUAGCAAAAGUUAGGGAAGAGCAGGAACAGAAGAAGCAGGAGUCCCCAAAAUCUUGGGUAACCAAAAUUAAGGAAGAACCAGAGCAAAAGCAGGAAUCUCCAAAACCGUGGGUAACCCAAACUAGGGAGCAACCAGAACAAAAGAAGCCAGAGCCUGUGAAAUCAUGGGAAAUGCCUGUUAGGGAAGAGCGAGAGCAAAAGAAGCAGGAGCCUCAGCUACAGAACCCUCCGAAGUCCUGGGGAGCUGCAAGUGUUGGGCCAAAGGAGCAGAUGGGGCCAAAGAAGUUUGAUAUGGAACCCAAAGAAGUGCCUAAACCUGCACAUCAGCCAGCUGCAGAAUUUUGCUCUACUUCAACUCUUCCAAAAGAUCCAGUAUUGAGAAGGGAAAAACUUCAGGAUCUGAUGACUCAGAUACAAGGGACUUACAACUUCAUGCAAGAGUCCAUUCUAGAUUUUGAUAAAGCUUCACCAAGUGCCAUUGGUUCAUCCCAGCCACCUUCAGUUCCUCCAGCAAGUGGUCCUGUAGCUUCAAAAGAACAGAAACUGCCAAGUCAGAGUGAUUUUCUUCAACAGCCCCUUCAAGCUGCUGCUUCAUCCGUGACACUGCAUGGUUCAAAUACUUCCCUAGCAUCUGCUGAUCAGACCCCUAACAGAAAGCUGUGUAGUUUUGGCCUGGUUUUUGACACCUUCUUGCACUUCUACUGUGUCAUAAGACUUUUUGUGCUGGCAUCAGCAUCACUUGCUCAAGAGACUGAGAAAUAUACUUCCCAGGCACUGUAUCAGACAAGUUCACAUAUUUCUGAGCCCUUGAUUCCGAAAAAGAUUGAAAUUGCCCAGGCAACUAUUCCCCUCCCAAGUGAGCCACAGUCACCAUUGCCUACUUCAAGCACCUCGAUGUCACCCGUACCACCAGCGCAAAGCUUUCAGUCUCCUCCAGCAAGCAGCAGUUCUGUCACAAUAACAGCAGCUCCCUUUCAGGCUAUGCAGACUGUAUUUAAAGUGAAUGCACCACUGCCUCCGCGUAAAGACCAGGAAAUUAAAGAGGAUUCUUCAUAUUCGGCAGGAUAUAACCAGAGUUUCUCUACAGCAAGUACACAGACUCCUCCUCAAUGCCAGUUGCAAUCUUCUCAUGUUGCAGAACAAACCUCUCUUUCACAAGAAUCUCUAUCUUCAGUGAAUUAUCAACCAGAUGGAGCUGUUCCUGUUAGCAAUGGUAGCCUUGCCUUUUAUCCAGCACAGACUAAUGUUAUUCCCAGACCCCCUCAGCCUUACCUUAACAGUCGUGGGUCUGUCAGAGGAUCUGCUAGAGGAGGAAGGUCACUGGCUAAUUCGUAUCGUUCCCCUGGUGGGUACAAAGGUUUUGAUGCUUACAGAGGCUCCUCUUCAAUGACUAAUGGCAGCUAUGGCCAGCUGCAGUUCCCUGGUAGAGAUUAUGCUGGAAUGCCAUAUUCUCAGAGGGAUGUUAAUUACCAGCAGUGCUAUAAACGAGGUGGGAUAACUAGUGGUCCUCGAGCAAACUCAAGAGCAGGGUGGAGUGAUUCCUCUCAGGUGAGCAGUCCAGAACGAGACAAUGAAACCUUUAACAGUGGGGACUCUGGACAGGGAGACUCCCGCAGCAUCACCCCUGUUGAUAUGCCAGUGACGAGCCAAGCUGCCACCAUACUACCAGUGCACGUCUACCCCCUGCCGCAGCAGAUGAGAGUGGCCUUCUCUGCUGCUAGAACAUCUAACUUGGCCCCUGGAACUCUAGACCAGCCAAUUGUGUUUGAUCUGUUGCUGAACAACCUUGGAGAAACUUUUGAUAUCCAGCUGGGUAGGUUCAACUGUCCGGUGAAUGGUACCUAUGUCUUCAUCUUCCACAUGCUGAAACUGGCUGUAAAUGUUCCCCUGUAUGUGAAUCUCAUGAAGAAUGAAGAGGUCCUAGUGUCAGCAUACGCAAACGAUGGGGCUCCUGAUCAUGAAACAGCUAGUAAUCACGCAGUCCUGCAGCUGUUCCAGGGAGAUCAGAUCUGGUUGCGUCUGCAUCGGGGAGCCAUCUAUGGAAGUAGCUGGAAAUACUCCACCUUUUCGGGAUACCUCCUUUAUCAGGACUAAAAUCCAGUGCGAUGUUUACAAAAGAGCUGCUCCAGACACCUUGGUGGAGGGGGGUGGGACUAGCUUUGCACCUACUACUGACUUUGUGGAAGAUAUGUGGUUCCAUUACUGGGGGAAGUGAUGGUCCUGUUGUGCAAGGUGAAAUCAUGGAGUUGGGGUACUGAAUCAGCACUAAUUUGGCACUUUAUCAGUUGUGAUGUAGCCUUGCUAGUAAAGCUGUGAAUGUAUAUUGUUUGCACUUACCCUAAACUGUAUUAAUGUCCAGCUUACUACACUAUUGAUUGCCUCAAGUAUGGGCUAUUCACAAUGCCUUGUUGUGCCUCAAUAAAACAAGUUAAUAUGCAUUUUAG